CGAAAGCUUGACCACUGACGCGAAAAAAAAUAAUGGAUAGAUUUUAGCUUUUAGAUCUCUUUUACUGGUUAUGGAUAUUAAUCAUUCUUUCUGGGUCGCUUGAGAGCGUUUUUUAGAUAGUGCGGUCUUAAUGUUAUAUUUACGUAGCCUACCGUUACAAUAGGCAAUUGGUAAAGAACACAGUAGGAGCGUUUAUUUUGAUAUCGCAUUGUGUCAGUCACAAAGAUGGAGGGGAAUCAAAUAUGUUCAAGAACGUCUAAAAUGGAUCGACUGAACGAAAGAGUGUCCAAGUUGCUGACAGUAGCGGUGAACGAAGUUCUUGAACUUGUGCGGGAGACUGUGUCGGAAUACCAGGAGAAAACCUCUCGAACGCAGAGGGAGAACGAGAGACUCAGGAAGAGAAUUCGCAACUCACUGCAGCGCGAUAGAGACGCAGGACAGUGUGCACAGCUGAGCCCAGCCCUGGACUGCACCUCUCCUGAGGAGCAACAGCAGCAAGACUGUGAGCCAGCAGCAGCAGCAGCAGCAUCAGAAUCGGACCUCACCAAGGACGAGCUGGAGCUAACCAAAGUCUACGCCAGUGCGAGGGAGAGGAGCGGGGAGGUAUACCAUGCGGCGGAACGGAAUCAUUCCCCUCGGCGGGCGCUCACAGAAACGGCUGGGCAGGAACACGCACCACACGCGCUCGUGAAACUUGAACAGAAACACUCGGCACAGGCGCCAGCGGACUGUGACCCCAGUGUGACCCUGACGCCUGCUGGGGAUGGGGCGACCUGUAAACCUGGCUCUGCUCUCACCAGCACCAACCGAUCGCUGUGUGUGGCCAACAAGACGAACACCAGGUCAAACAGCACAGGGUUGACCGCGCACAGCCCCACCUGCAGCAUCCAAAUCUCAAACAUAUAUUCUUUGCGGCAAAGCAACAGCCGUGCGGGACGGAGCUCAACCCAGUCACCUCUGCCUACUCAGGAGGGCUCCAUCAAGACAGAGCCAGCGACUAAAGCCAUUACAAACCACAAGGAGGCACAGUGUGGCAGCUUUGGCCUCCCUGACGAAAUGCGCUCACUGCAUAGCAGCUUAUCCACUGAUGCCCAUUCUUUACACUUGAACAACCUCAAAGCUCCUGUGACUCUAGCCACUUCCCCUGAUCACCACCAGGGGGCGAUGGAAGACGACUUUGGCUUGAUGGCUGACUUAAGUUCCACCCAGUCGCAACCAUCCACCUCCCAGUCGCACAGCAGCUUCCACUUUGCCUCCAACAACAAUAACAGCAGGUUCCAGGUUCCAGUUCCACAGCAGAUGGUUCCGAGUUCUGAUGUCUGGAUAGAGGGUUCUCCCCAGCCGACUCACAGCGCCCCCUCUGGCGAGAGCUACGUGUGCGUGGUGUGCGGCGAGACGUACGGCAGCCUGGUGGAGCUGCGCGUGCACGAGCGUGGCCACCCGGGCUCCAAGCAGCACGUGUGCACGCUGUGCGGACGCUCGUUCAGCGGCUCAGGCGACCUGAACAAGCACCUGCGCGUGCACACCGGCGAGAAGCCCUACCACUGCGGCUACUGCGGCAAGAGCUUCCGGCGCGCCCGAUCACCACCCGACGACGCAUGCGCUGUCCCACGUCCGGCAGAAGCCGACGCGUGGCGCUGUCUCGCGCCAGAGUUUCAGCGUCAACAGCUCGCUGCAGAAACACAAGCUCAGGCACACCGGGGAAAAGCCGUGCGAAUGCCGCGUGUGCGGGAAGAUGUUCAGACUCUCUUCUCAGCUGAAGAGGCAUGA